AUGUCGAAACGCAGUCUGAUUACCAACAUUACUCCGCUGCCGUCGUCCAUCUCGCGCGAGACGGCGGUGGCACAGCUCCACGACCAUCAUGCUAUGAUCGAGCUGAACCCUCUGGUGCUCCGACACAAACCCACCGACCCGCCGCCGAACGCAACUCCCGACGAGGCUCAGCUUGCCACUUGGUAUCUCAUUACCGAUCAAAUCCACUAUCUCCCGGGCGGAGCAGUGAAAGGCGAAGUGUCGUACAAAGCCUGCUUCUACGAUCUGCCGCUCGGAAUUCAAACGCACGUCUUCGCACCCGCAGGCGUUGACAUCAAGAGCAAAUGGAGUGUUGGUGGUAACGUACCUGGAACGGAACCCAGAGAGGCUUCAGAGCUGGGUGUGAACAAGCCGAGAGAUGGAUUGUACAUCAAAGAAGAGCUGGAUUUGAGGUGUAAUCUGUUCGUGAGCAAUUUUGUGAAGAAGAAUCUGAAGAAGUCACAUCUCGUGGUCGUCGACAAGAUCAUAGAACGAGCC